AUGGAAAAUCAAGCUAGCCAAGGCUCUCAAGGUUUGACACCCUCAACAACAUUUGUUCAAGCAGAUGUUAAGGACGUCCAAGAGUUGGUUCAGUGCUUAACCAGAGCACGUGGCGAUCAGCAAACACGAACUGUAGGUGCAGCAACUGAUGCAGCUAAUGAAGGGGUACCUUUGAAGGUCACAGGAGGAGCCAGGAGACCAACUUCAAGGCUCCAUGAGAGAUGGCAACACACAAGGCCCAAGCUGCAGAUGGUAAUUAAUAAACCGGGUUCUCAAUCCAACUCUGGUACAUUUUUUCUUCAACCAGCUGGAUUCGGCUUUCCUUCACCUACUGAGCAAGCCUUUUCCCCUUCCAACAAGUCUGCUAACUCUAGUUCCGCAAGUCCUUUGUCCACCCCAACUAAGAUUUUGUCCAGCAACAUUUCCAUCUUGAAUGAUAAAAAGGAAGGUACAACACUCGUUAAAGUAAACAACAAAGAUGUGGAACAGAAAGCAAUUAAAGAGAAACACUUCUAUUUGAUUUCACCCCGGUCUAAACCAGGAAAUUCUGAACCGGAGUUGCUCACCUUGUUUCCACUAACUUCUCCCAAAACAGCUCAUGAAUCUUCUUAG